UAGCGGCUGCGGCUUUACGUGGAUGCCUGAUACCAUGUGGCGUCUUCUGCGUUGCUUUGGUGCGCCGAUGGCCGGGCACAGAUCAUUGCCUUCAUUUUCCGACCGAAAUUAGAAGGGACGCGUCAAAGGGAGCAACGCCAACCUGAGGGGAGCCUUUAUAGGACGAACAUACAAUCUCCUCCUAACCGGGGAAAUGGAGGUCGGGCAGGGCAACAUGGGGGCAAGGCAUGACGCAGAGGGAUGGAUUGGGGUGAGCGAGACCGCCCAGGAGAUGCUUGGGAGGACUUUGAUCGAGCGUCCGUGCUUGAUUGCCGUGCCUCCUCUGCACCGCGUCCCACUCCGCCCCGGCAACGUUGUCGAACUCGUCGGCCCUUCCGCUUCUGCGAAGUCGGAAAUCCUCCUCCAGGCUGCCAUAAACUGCAUUCUUCCUAAUGUUUGCAAUGGUGUCUUCUUUGGUGGCAUGCAAAGGCUAGUCAUGUACUUUGAUCUAGACUGUAGCUUUGAUGUUCAGCGUUUCUCAAACUCCUUAAAGAAGCGCAUAGCUGAUGCUUGUGGAAAUUCUACUUUUACCUUUGGAGGAAACCAGCGUUUGUUGGAGGAUCUUGAUCCACUAGCUGAGCAAUUGCAUUUUAAUGAGGAUGUGUACUUUUCUUGCAUGAGGCGCUUUUCGUAUAUUCGUUGCUACAACAGCUAUGAAUUUUUGGCUUCACUCAAGACGAUACGACGGCAAAUGCAAAAGGAAAGCGAAGCUCAUGGAGUUGGCGUUUUGUAUCUUAUGAUUGACAGCAUCAGUGCAUUCUAUUGGACUGAUCGAGCAUCCAGUAUGUGGGCCACAGGUGGUAACAGGAAUUGCUUGUCAUUUCGAAGUGUUACAGAAGCCGUCAUUCAAGAAAUUCGUAAGCUCUUGGACGUCCUUCCUGUUCUUGUAUUAGCCACCAAGGCCACAAUAUUAGGUGUGGGUUCUUCAGCAUGCGAAAAUGAUAGGAAUACCUUUCAAGGCGCAUCAUCUGGUAGUAUAAAUUCUAAUAAGUCCUAUGGAAGCCACAAUCGUGCAGGUUUUGAUUUGUAUAAGGAAUAUAUGCCUCUUGCAUGGCAGGCACUUGUUACUCAACAGGUACUUCUACAAGUUAAGGGAGACAACAUUGUCAGAGAUGAGAAGAGCUUACCAAUAUAUAUGUCAACGUGGCUGCUGCCUGUGCUGAAUCUCUCGGACAUGUUUGUAGUUGAAGAGGCUGGUAUCUCCUUGCUUAGUUGAGACCUCAACUACUCCUAUUUGAAUAUGGAAUUUUACCUUUUAUUGUUCAAAUACCAUUUAUAUGCCGCACAUUUACUAACUUAUUUUUUUUAUGAAGUUUCACUUUUUCAAAAACAACAUUUGUGCAAGUUGUGUAUGUAAUAUGUAAUUUCUCUUGGUUUUCAA